AUGUCGGCUCCCAGACCAGACCACCUGGGCCUGGGCUACUCGUCUCAUCCUGGAGCCACCCAGGGCCGCUCUGGCUCGCCCUCCUCCAACAGCAACUCCCCCAUCGACUCCUCCUCAUCAGCCCGCCAUUUUGGCCUCUCCCCCGGCUUGAACUCUAACACCAUCAUGGCCGCCAACUCGCGCUCCGGCGCCGGCUCCCCCUCCCACGAAUUGGGCGCCGCCAGCAGACUCUUUUCCAAACGGGCUCGCGAAAUUCAGGCACAAGAAGGCAUUUCGAGCAUGCCACCACUUUAUCCUUGGGGCGGUCCUCCAACCAGCGGCAACUCGACACCCCUACGAGAAAAUAUCCCCGAAUCCCCCACCGACGGUUUCCCAGACUUUGGUCAACUGCCUACCCCUGACAGCAUGCCUCAGACUCGACGUGGUCGCGCCGGCACUCUACCCUCUAGACUCAACGCGCCAGGUGCCCUCGGCGCUCCUGGCCUCCUCGGUGUUCCCAGCCUGCUCUCUGCCAAGUCUGCUCGUGUCACCCCGUCCCAGAGCCCGUUUAACAAGUCGCCUUCCCCAAGCCUUGAUCACCCCGAAAAUGGCACCGGCGCCUCUACCCUGCUCUCCCGCCUCCGAGCCGGGUCGCUUCCUCAGCGUGGCAACUUCUCCGCCGCUCCCGGCACCGCCCCCUCUCCCUUUGGGCCCUCCAUCUUCAGCAGCUGGAAUCCCGCCAGUGGAGGCCGCGAGCGUGCUUCUACCCUCGCCAGUAUUGCCAGCGUCGGUUCCAACGGCCCCAGCUCUCCCUCGCAGUCGCACUUCUCUCGUGACGACGGAGAUUCAUCCGACACCCAUAUGCGGACACUGGACUAUCUGGGUCUCGCCGAGACUCCUCAACCCCAAAUCGCUACCCCCUACUACGAUUAUAACGCCAAGCAGAAUAAUCGCUUUCGCUCCUACUCCAUGAACAACAAGGAGCAGUAUGACCGCCCUCAAGAGGAAUACGAGGUCGACGGUGUUCGUAUCGACAGCCGCUACGUCGCCGUCCUCCAGGAUCAGAUUGCCGCUACUAAUCUCGCGAUCCGUAAACACAACCGGGUUGUUCAAGCGUACGCCAGCCAAAGUUCCACUCGACCUCGAGCCCAGACAGCCAGUGUCCUCGAGAUUACGCCCAAUAAGAAAGUUUUGCAGAUGAACGGUGGCGUCCCCGCCCCCAUCAACUCCAAUUCCGCCGAACGACGCCUCCAAGAGGACAGCCCCUACGAUGACCUUCCCCAUGCUGUUGCAGGCCUGAAUCUCGGCCGAUCCAAUAGUCGCAAUGCCGGAAUGCUUAGCCCUGAGGAGCAGGGUCUUGACGGUCCCACCAGUGCUCUCUGGCUUGGGGGUGUACCUACAUCCACCACCAUCUCGACCCUCAACGAAAUGUUCAAGUCCCACGGUCCCAUCCUUUCUGCCCGUGUUCUCACCCACAAGAACUGCGGCUUUGUCAACUUUGAGCGCGUCGAAAGCGCCAUCUCUGCCAAGGCUAGCAUGAAUGGGAAGGAAAUCUUCCCCGGCUCCGGCCCUAUUCGCAUCAACUUCGCCAAGCCUCCCUCCGCCUCCAACACUCCCGGACACGACGGCGCUUUCCCCUCGCCCAGCCCCGAUCCUUUUACCAGGGGCGAGGCUGCGCAAACUGGCGCCAUUGGUGACGCACCCGUUUCUUCUGCCACUCCCACGGUCCCUCCUCUGCCUGAUAUGACGAAUGACAUGCUCGAAAUCAUUGCUCAAUUUGGUGCCUCGGAUGCAGAUACUACUCAAAUCUCCGCCAGCAUCCAGGCAGCCAUUCAGUUUACCGCCUUUGCCGAUGAAAUUCCUCCUGUUCGCGAGCCCACUCACACCCGCGUCCACGAUGCGCCAAAACUGCGCGACAUUCGCAAGCGUGUGGACAACCAGCUCCUAUCCCAGGCCGAAAUUGAAAACAUUGCCGUCGACAUGCUUCCUGAGAUUGCCGAGCUGUCGUCCGACUAUCUGGGUAACACUGUCGUUCAGAAGCUCUUUGACAACUGCUCGGACGAGCUGCGCGAUGCCAUGCUUACUGAGAUUGCGCCUCACAUGGCUGAAAUUGGCGUUCACAAGAAUGGUACCUGGGCUGCUCAAAAGAUUAUCGACGUCUGCAAGACUCCGGUUCAGAUGAACACUAUUGUCGAUUACAUUCGCCCGUAUACCGUACAGCUCUUCCUCGACCAGUACGGCAACUAUGUCCUGCAGGGCUGUCUCAAAUAUGGUGCUCCGUUCAACAACUUCAUCUUUGAGACCAUGCUUAGCCGCAUGUGGGAGAUUUCUCAGGGUCGCUAUGGUGCUCGAGCCAUGCGCGCCUGUUUGGAGAGCCACCACUCAACCAAGGAGCAGCAGCGGAUGCUCGCCGCUGCAAUUGCCCUCCAUAGUGUCCAGCUUGCCACCAAUGCCAACGGUGCCCUUCUCCUCACUUGGUUCCUCGACACGUGCACAUUCCCUCUGCGCCGCACAGUGCUGGCACCCCGUCUCGUGCCUCACCUCGUUCACCUGUGCACCCACAAGGUCGCAUACCUGACCGUCCUUAAGGUGAUCAACCAAAAGGCUGAGCCGGAAGCACGCGACACGAUCCUACAGGCUCUCUUCUUCACUCCCAACGACCGCAUUCUCGAGGCCAUCCUCAACGAUCAGUCUUGCGGGGCUACUCUCAUUUUCAAGGUGCUAACGACGCCCUUCUUCGAUGAGACGAUCCGCUCGCAGGUGGUUGAGACGGUCAAGAAUGUUCUGCUCAACAUCGGUGCUCAGCCGAACCAAGGAUACAAGAGGUUGAUGGAUGAAGUUGGUCUCUCGACCCGUACCAGCGGCACCCCGAGUCGCGAAACUUCUGCUCCUGCCGAACAGCGCCGACCAACUUCCAGACAUGCCAACGGAGGCGGAAGCCAGCAGCAGCCGCAGCAGCAGCAGCAGCAGCAGAACGCUAACAAGCCAUUCUAUAAUGGUAACGCUGUAGCCCAGAAUCCUGGCUUCGACAAUGGGUAUAAUGGCCAGAGGAUCGAUGGUGGAGAUCCCAACAUGGUACCUUUCCAACAGUACAAUCAGAAUAUGAUGUAUAGCCCCUCCAACGGACACAUGGCUCCGGGUAUGGCUAUGCCUCCUAUGCAAUACCAACAGCCUAUGAUGAACAGAGGUCCCCAGGGCAACUACAACUACCCCCCGAUGCAGACUCCAUACAGCGGUUUCGUUCCGGGCCAGCAUGGCGCUGACCAGUUCCGCCAGCAAAACAUGGUCCAACCCAACCCCAUGCCUCUGCAUGGCGGUCAGGGCCAGUAUGGCCCUCCUGGCUUCAACAUGGCCAUGGGCGGCUACGGAUAUGGAGGCAUGCCGGGUGCCCAGGGCAUGGGCUAUGUACAGCAAGACCAGUCAAACGGUAGACGCGGAAGAGUAACGCUAGUAGACGCGCUUUGUCGAAUACGACCCGUUGGGCGAAGGGUUAUCAACCCUCGGCCUGCCUUUUGCCCCAUGAUGAUCAACGCAUGCCAUAGCCGAGCGCAGCCGGCCAUGAUGGAGUUUUGGGAGUUUAUAAAACGAGCGAAAGAAGGACGCGGCAGCAUGUUUGAUGAAAGUGCAGGCUACAGAAAAAAGGUUGUUUGA